AUGAGUGCUGCAAUUUUCUUCAGGUUUAAAAGUGAAAGAGAGAGAUGCAUCAUUCCUAUUGAAGGUGCAGAAAUCUCAGUCAGAGAGCUUAAAGACAAAAUCGCUGAAAUAAAAAAGCUUAAAGAUGAUGGGACUCAGAAGAAAAAAGGCCCUAACCAAAAUUACAGCUUAUCAUUAUUGCAUAGUACAAAUGAAGAAGAAUAUAAAGAAGAAAAUGAGCUGAUACCAGCUGGGACUUAUAUUAUUGGGAAAAGAGUGUCUAGCGCCAUACCAACACCUAUACCUAUCAUUCCUGCUGAAGCUGGCCCAGCACAAAAUAAUCAAACAAUAAAGCCAAGAGAAGAAGAAACAGUUUCCUCAAAACUAGCAAAAAUAAUUAUUACUGGAAAACUCCCAAGCAUUUUAGCCUGCCAGCUAUGUAACAAAAUCCUGAAAAAUCCAUAUAUCACUACGUGCUGUGGAUAUACAGCUUGUCAGACUUGUUUUACUACAAAAUGUCCAGCUUGCAGCAAAGAUUUAGAAAUUAUCAGCGAUAAGCAGCUAGAAAAAUUCUUACUAAGUAUUGAAGACAAGCUGAGAGAAGUCAGAGACAAGUCUGCAGGGAUUACUGAAUUUCUGGAAUCAGCUAAAUAUUUCUUAUUGCAAGUCUAUAAUCCUCAAACCCUUGAAACCUCUUUAAAGACCUCAACCUACCCUAUUCCUCCAGAUAACUCAUUUAAGCUAAAUUCAAGCUUCCAGCCAGGCAAAAAUGUUAUAGUUAUUUUUGUUAAUAGCGCUGCUGGACAAUUUCAUGGCUGUGGCGUUAUGAUGUCACCUAUCAUUCAUAAGAAAAAUGAUAUAUGAGGCUCAAGUGAGUUUAUCAGUGUAAAGUGGCUUAGAAGGGCUGAUGUAAGCUUUGUGGAUACCCAGCAUCUAGAUCAUCCGAUUCCUCAUAAUUCAUUGACACAACCUGUUGAAGAGCUUGAUAGCAAUAGCGGAUUGGAGCUGUGCUUAAAAAUAGAGCAAGCUGAACAAAAAGAAGUCCCUGAUUAUCAGGUUUUUGAAGUAGAAAAUCAGACUGCUAAAGAAGAAGGUAAGAUGGAGAUUGAAGAAAUUGUAAAAGAAGAAGAGACAAAGAGAAAAAGAAGCAGAAGCCCAGAAGAGAAAAGGAAAAGCAGCCCACAUAGAAGCAGAAAAAGGUCGAAAGAAAGAAAAUCGCCUGAGUCUAAGUAUCGGAAUAGAGAAAGCCCUAAAAGGCACAAGCAUAAAGAAAAGAAGCACAGAAGAUAA